AUGGCGUCCUACCUCUCCUACUUCACCUCCAAUUCGUCGACACCACAACCACCAUCGCAGGGCGCAGGAACUCCUGGCACAACGUCGACAUGGUCGAGCACAUUCUCCUCACGGUUUGCGACGCUGCGCAAGGCUUUGACAACCAGAGAUUCUGAGGAAGACGAUCCUGAUCAUGAAGAUUGUUCACACAUCUCAAAUGUCCUGCGAGAAUACUACACGGAAAAGGGACGACCCUUUCCCGAAUGGCUGCCUCCUGAUCCCAAAAAGCCCGUUGCUGCACCUCCUCAGCCUCAGGGUUCUUAUGGGCAGUAUGGUAAUACAUACGGUUCUCCAUACGGAACCCAGCAAACACACUCAAGAGGUCCAUCUGGGGGCCGAGGUGGUGGACUUUCUGAUCUCUGGGACCCUGCUCCUGCACCGGCGGCCCCUCCUGCUCAGAGUCUCCGGGCUGGCCGACCAACGCCUCACUCAUUGCGUUCUAAUGACUCUGCGCGCUCGCAGUCGAGCAACAGUGGCGGGAUGAUGGCUCCGACACAACCCAACCCCAGCGCUCGCCCGCUCCCAAGCCAGAGGGCUGGAAGCUACCAAACGAACCCCGCUCCCAACGCUGGCGCCCUGGGAUCUCGUGAUCGACUUCGGGCUCGAUUGCAGGGCGGGGGCAGUGGACGGAACAGCCCAUCUGGUGGUCUGAGCAGUGGGGGAAGCGGUAGUCAGGCAUCUUAUGGUCCGUCGGGCGGGAAUUUGACUCAUCAUCCCCCGUCUCGCUCCGGGUCGUCUCAGCCCUACAUUUCAGCCUCAGAGCCUUGGUCAACGGGCGGAGAUGAUCCUUAUGCAUACAACUACAAUAGCGGUGGAGGCUCUUCCAACCCGUAUCGUGCCCAGGACCAACGCCAACGACCUGGAGGCCCGAGAUGA